AUGCCGGGUCCCCAAGGGCCUCGUGGUGACAAAGGGUCCUUCUGGAGACCAAGGAGCUGCUGGUCCUGCCGGUCCUUCCGGUCCCAGGGUGACUACUGGAUCGACCCCAACCAGGGCUGCACCUUGGAUGCCAUCAAGGUUUUCUGCAACAUGGAGACGGGCGAGACCUGUGUCUACCCCAACCCCAGCAGCAUCCCCAGGAAGAACUGGUGGACCAGCAAGACCAAAGAGAAGAAGCACGUCUGGUUCGCCGAGACCAUUAAUGGUGGUUUCCAUUUCAGCUACGGUGAGGAGGACCUGGCCCCCAACACGGCCAACAUCCAGAUGACCUUCCUGCGCCUCCUGUCCACCGAGGGCUCCCAGAACCUCACCUACCACUGCAAGAACAGCGUGGCCUACAUGGACGAGGAGACAGGGAACCUGAAGAAGGCCAUCCUCAUCCAGGGCUCCAACGACGUGGAGAUCAGAGCUGAGGGCAACAGCAGGUUCACCUACAGCGUCUUGGAGGACGGUUGCACGAAACACACUGGGAAGUGGGGCAAGACAGUGAUCGAGUACCGCUCCCAGAAGACCUCCCGGCUGCCCCUUGUGGACUUUGCCCCCAUGGACAUUGGUGGCCCCGAGCAGGAGUUCGGGGUGGAGAUCGGCCCCGUGUGCUUCUUGUAACCAGCG